UUAACACUUGCAGUUAUGGGAAAUAUGAUUUUAAAUUAUUUUGUUUUGUUGCUUCAUCUUUGUGCGGCAGUGAAAGUAACAGUAUAUAAAACUCCUGACGAUUACAAGACUGGGAAACCAAUUGAACAUGUGAGCAGGUGUUCCUUUUUUUAUGGCCUGAAUAAUUAUCUGCACAUGGUUGUAUAUAUAAUGCAUAUACAACCAAAUGUGACGGCAGACCUCAAAAAUUCUUCGAUGUCCUGGAAUCACUCAGAACAACACAAUAAUAUACAAUUGAAAAAAUAUGAACAUCCACGUCCAAUGAGUGAUCACAAAAUUUUUACGAUCAGUGGUUAUACAGAAACAAAUUCAUCAAUUUAUGUAAACUUGUGUUCAGAACUAACAGGUCUUUGUGCCAAAAAGAUGAUUGCUGAAGGAAAACCGCCAACUGUAGUGAACAGCGCAACCGAUUUUUGUUCGCAAAAUUGUUCAUGUUACAUUGUGGUGGAUUUGCAAAACGUAACUUCAGAGUAUAUUUCAAAUAUGAAAAGGCACUUAGUUUUGACCACCACUAAACCUUAUAAGAAGAAAGUGCAAGUCAGAAAGGAUGCUAAACUGUUUAAGGGCUCAACACAAAACCCAGUUCUGUUAUACGUCAUACCAUCUGUUAUAGUGGCCUGCAUAAUAAUACUGGUGAUUGCGAUAGCAGUAAAAAAAUAUCUUCGUCGGAACUUCCAUCAGUUAGAUACCACGACAAAACAUGUCUUUUAUGCAGAACUGGAUCUAGUGAGAACGGUGCAUCAACCAGCAAUAAGUAAUCAGGUCUCGCCAUAUGCAGUAGUCAUUGGAGAGUUAAGACCAUAGAAUGCAAAAAAAAAUAUCUAAUAUGUUAGUAACAAAUUACUUAGAUCUUUAAAACUCUAUUUUUACUAUGAAGAUAUAAUAUGCUUUUCUUUUAAUAAAGAAUUGUGUAGUUUUUA